AUGAAGAUGCUGCUGAGCCUGAUUGCUCUGCUCUCUGCUGCCCUGUUAGCCGACACAGCCCCUCCAACUUGCUACUCUAGGGUGUUAUCUCUGAGCAAAGAAAUCACGGAGUCAUUCAAGGAGUUACAGACCUCCAAAGCUGUGGACUCAUGUGUGUUGAUGCUGCCCAGGCUGUACUUGGACAUACAUAAUUACUGUGUGUUGGCAAAACUCCGUGAGUUUGUGGCCUACCCCAGAUGUGAGAGAGUGCUCGAAGUGAGUGAGCUGAAGGAAAAAGCUCGGAGCCUGUACACCAUCAUGAUCUCCUACUGCAGAAGGGACUUGGUGUUUCUCACUGAUGAUUGUAAUGCUCUGGAAAGUCCUAUUCUACCUCCCACUGAGCCCUCCAUCACUGAGAGCUAA